AUGAUAGAUAACAUGCAAUCACAAAAAAUUGAUUCAGUAACAAUAAACGAAGACAGAUUUUCAUUUGAUAUUUCAACAUCAGAAUUCUUUGAUACAUUUACAUCAGAAAGUAGUCAUACUAUUUAUAUUUGGAUUGUUGACAGUUUUGGAAAAUCAUCAAGAAAAUACACAAAAACAUUUGAAUUUCUCUUUAAUUCACCAAGUAUUAGUGUUACAUCUCCUAAUUUUAACACAUUCUAUCGAACAACUGAUAAAUACAUCACUAUUGAUUUUUCGAUAAAAGAUUUAGAUUGUACAGGUCCUAUUUCUAUAAUGUAUAAACUUGAUUCAAAAGAUCAAAAUUUAUUAACAACAAAAGAAAUAAAUUCAAAUGAAGAAUACUAUUUCUCAGAAAAAUUUUAUUUCCCAUCAGGACUUUCAGAAAGUCAUCACAAUAUUCAAAUUUGGUGCUAUGAUGAACAUAAUAAAAUAUCUAAUUUAGAAGAACUCAUCUUUUUGUAUAAAUUUAAUUCACCAGAAUUGGCAAUUAAUUUCUUUGAUAAUGGUCCAUAUAGACGAGGUAUCAACAAAACUCUUCAUGUUGAAGGAACUGUUAUUGACAAAGAUGGACUUGGAAAAGUCACUGUUAAAUGUUUUAUAGAUGACAUUGAUAUCAAACAAACUAUAAUUGAUAUUGUUAAUAUAGAAGAACAUCCAUUUAAUAUUGAUUUACAAUUUCCAUGUAAACUUAAUGAAUCAUUUCAUUUUGUAUCAAUAAUUGCAACUGAUGAAAACAAUAAAUCAUCAUCAUGUAUUCGGAAAACUUUUGAGUAUUGCUAUAGUUCUCCAAUUAUUGAUAUUACAAAUAAAGACAAUCAGACAUAUAUUAAAAAGGUCAGUAAACAUCUUACAUUGAAUGGAAUAGUUCAAGAUGAUGACGAAACAGGAAGAUUAACCAUAAAAUACAAAUUAGAUCAAAAUUCAUUUAUUGAUUUGACAAAUAUUAAUAUUUAUAGUAAUAUCACAAUGAAUUUCUCAGAAAGAAUUAAUUUGGUUCCAUUACAAUUUGGAAAUCAUUCUAUUGAAUUAUUUGCAAUUGAUGAUGAUCAAAAAGUUUCAGAUCAUAAGUAUCUAAAUUUCAAAUAUGUUGAUCAAAUUUUAGUUAUGGAUGGAUAUUCUCGAAAAUUUUCUAUUGGUUUAGUUCUUUUUACUCAUUUGCUUGGAUUUUGGUAA